CGGUGUUUUGUCCCUCCAGGUGUUGGCUAUUAUUUGCUGGGUUUUGUUUUCGUCAUUAAUGUGAUUGUAUCAAAUUAAAUUCCUAAGAAAUGCCGCCGAUGCCACCUGUUGUGAUGGUUUCGAAUCGGGAGGAAGAUUCUGUUAAUACUGAGCCAUCGAUGAGCGGUCGACAGGUUAUCGGGAUUAUUUACCCUCCACCAGAUAUUAGAACAAUUGUCGAUAAAACAGCAGCAUUUGUUGCCAGAAAUGGAAUUGACUUCGAGAAUAAAAUUCGAGAAAAGGAAACGGCUAAUCCGCGAUUCAGCUUCCUGAGUGCAACAGAUCCAUACAAUGCUUACUAUCAGCAUAAAGUUGUGGAAUUUCGGGAUGGGAAAACAACCGAACCAUCGGUGCCGCGACCACAAAUACCAGAAGCAGUAAAAGAGCAUGUGAAGCAGGCGGAGUUUGUACCUCGAAAUCCCCCACCUCCAUUCGAGUUUGAUGCUGAUCCGGCUACAAUAAAUGCAUUUGAUUUGGAUUUAAUCAAGUUAACAGCAUUAUUUGUUGCACGUAAUGGGCGACAAUUUCUAACUUCACUGAUGAAUCGUGAAUCGAGAAACUACCAGUUCGAUUUCUUGAAGCCACAGCAUUCAAAUUUUAACUAUUUUACGAAACUCGUCGAGCAGUACACAAAGAUUAUUGUUCCUGCAAAAAAUAUUGUGGAAGAUUUAAAAGCCGAGGAAGAUAAUACAAAAAAGAUUCUUGAAGACGUGAGGUAUCGAGUUGGUUGGGAGAAGUAUCAACGGGCGCAAAAAGAGAAGGAGGAUGCUGAGAUUGAGAGAGAGCGAGUAGCCUAUGCACAAAUUGAUUGGCAUGAUUUCGUUGUAGUUCAGACUGUUGAUUUCCCUAUCAACGACACAGCAACCUUACCACCAUUCUGUACACCCAAAGAUGUUGGCGCAAGAAUUUUGAUGCAACAACGACAGGAGGCAGCAGCCAAAGCAGCUGCAGAACAAGCGGUAGAGAUGGACGUUGAAUCAGACUCGGAUGAGGAGCAUCAGGAAAUUCGCAAUGAAGUUACAAAUGGCGAAGUAGAAAAUGGUAAUGCUGACCAUGAAAAGAAAGCUCCAUAUGAAGUAACUCAACCGAUGCCUGCGCCACCAUCGGAAGAUACCGUUGUAAUUAGAGAUUAUGAUCCGAAGAAAUCAAUAGCUGCACGAAAAGCUGCUGACAAAUGGAUUAUUUCACCUCUUACUGGAGAGCGAAUACCUGCUGACAAAUUACAGGAGCAUAUGCGUUACAAUACUGUUGAUUCGCAAUAUAAGGAACAGCGAGAAAGGGAGUUGUCGGAUCGCAACGAAGAGGAACCAGUCUAUGCGCCAGGUGCUGAUAUUAGUACGAAUAUUGGCAAGUUUGCGGAACGUCGUACUGAUAUAUUUGGUCAUGGUGCAGAGCAGACAAUCAUUGGUAAAAAACUUGGUGAAGAGGAGGAGGCACCACGUGGUCCUGAUCCGAAGCUUAUCUGGGAUGGUCAGCAAUCUACAAUCGAUCAGACAACGAAAUUAGCGCAACAGAGCGUUACAUUGGACCAACAAAUCAAUGAAAUUCAUAAACAACAUGGAUAUAUUGCUGAUCCAAGCAAGGAGAGAAUAGGACCAGGUGCUGUACCACCUCCUCCAGUUCAAACAGUUCCACCACCAACUACAACAGUAGCACCGGCAGUAGUGGCAACUACAAUAUCUGCGGUCACCACCGCUACUGCAACCAGUACAACAACACCAAUUACGGUAGUGCCAAAACCACCUGUCCCUACUACACGUCCACCAGUACCACCUCCGCAGACUGCACCAACUCCGGUGCCACCAACGCAAACUGUUCGAUCACCAGUAAUUCCUCAAAUUCCUAUCCGACCACCACCGCCUGGAUUCCCUGCAAUACCUUUUCCAGGUGCACCAAUGCCAAUGCCACCGAUGCCAAUGCCUGUCAUGAGACCGCCAAUUGGAGUUCCAAUGAUACCAGUUCCGGUAAUUCCGCAAACACCACUUGCCGUUCGUCCGACUGCACCGAUAGCAGCUCCCAUUCCACCACCUGCAACUUCAACAGCUCCUGUAGUUGAUACAAAUGCAGCUAAUAAUGCUCCUGUUGGAGAGGGACCUCCACCUGCUAAAAAGGCUCGAACAGAAGAUGAACUUGAAAGUGAAGAUGUUUGGCUUACGAAGGUCACCGGAUCAAUUACAGUUAGUGUCCAGAUACCUAGCACUGCUCCUAAUCCGGACUGGAAACUUGAUGGGCGACGACUAAGUGUUUCUAUGGAUAUUGCUGCACCGGUUUCUACGCUGAAAAGCUUUGUACAGGACGAGACUGGAUUACCGUGUUCAAAGCAGAAGCUGUCUUACGAGGGAUUAUUUUUGAAAGAUGCUUGCACUUUGGCGUAUUAUAACAUGAAUACCGGAGCUGUCGUACAAUUAUUAAUCAAGGAAAGGGGUGGUAAGAAGAAAUGAUCAGGUAAAGAAUACAAUUAACAUUGCACUGUAAUUUGUUUCAAGCAUUUGUUCCAAAUUUAUCGUGAAUUGUAUUUUGCUAAACAGAAUUUUUAAUGGAUUAUCAAUUCAAUACACAUAGUUUCAGAAUUACUUGUGCUGAAUAUUACUCACAAUUCUAUACUUUUUUAUAGCUUUUUUAAAUCUAUUACCCUCCUUAAUAUUUGUUCUUGCUCAGCCGAAAAGAAAUCGACUAAUGCAUAAUGUUUUUUCGAUUUUCAAUUUUUCGUUUUUUUUUCGGCUUGUGACAGAGUUGACAUUUCAUUAUAUUGCCACUGAUGUUGCCCUACGCCACGGUAAGAUACCAAGGUGAGAUUUUCUCAGGAGG